UCAUUUUCCUCUUACCCGAUGUACUAGUCAUCGUCAGUCAGUCGCCGCUAGGCUAGCGCUACGCCGCGGCAAAUACUGUAUGUGCAAAUUGUGUGCGGUACAUAAAAAACUAAAAGGAAUUACUGUUUACUAGUUUACGUAGUAUUUUAUGUUGAUAGUCAUCAUGUUCAUAUUUGUACUCGAAUUAUGCGCGUGUUUUGUGUUGUGUUUCGGUCAGAAUCAGGGAGUUAAAGGACACAAUGAACCGGAAUAUCCCACGAACUUGCACAACGGCCUCAGCGAAGCGACGGGGAAUUUCUCAGUGGAGCUAUUAUAUCACGCAGCAAAAAGGCAAGGAAAACAGAAUCUCAUAUUGUCGCCGAUCACGGCGUGGACGGUGCUGGCAGUGACGUCGGAAGGCGCACUUGGCAAUACACGAACUCAACUGGUCUCUGCCUUACGAAUCAAAAGAAACCGUACAGUUACCAGACAUGACUUCCAAGAUAUCGCGCGAUGGCUAGUCGUAAACACGACUACGGUGCAUCUUGCUAAAUUCAACGGAAUAUUUGUAGACAAGUCUAAAUCUCUGGAAGAUGACUUCCGUCAAUCUUCGAAAGCAUUUUAUGAUACGCAAACCGUCGAUUUGGACUUCAGUAACAGUGCAGCAACUGCUGCUACUAUCAAUGGAGCCGUGUCAACAGCAACCAAAGGCAGAAUUCCCAAAUUAGUUGAUGAAAGUAAUUUGAGUGAUGCACAGAUGAUCAUCACUAGUGCAGUAUAUUUUAAAGGGCAGUGGACUUCACCUUUUAAUGUUUCCUCUACAACUAAACAAAAUUUCUAUAACAGUAAUGGGACAAAAAUAGGUGAAGUAAACAUGAUGUACAACAGAUACACAUACCCAUUUGCUAAUAUUAAAGAGAUUCAAGCUAGAGUAAUUGAGUUACCUUAUGGUGUUGAAAAUCGUCUGUCCAUGCUAUUGAUGCUGCCAAAUCCUGGCGUGACUCUAGAAGAUAUGUUCUUGAACUUCAAAAAAGUACCUCUAGAUACUGUGUUUCAAGAGCUGAAACUUUCUCAAGAAGAGUAUAGUGAAGAUGAAAUAGAUUGUUUCAUUCCUCGCUUCAAAAUUGAUUCUAGCAUUGAACUGAAUGAAAUUUUGAAAGAGGGAAUGGGAAUAUAUGACCUGUUUGACCCAGUGAAAGCCAAUUUGGGCCGCUUGGCUCGGGUACCCAUGUAUGUGAGUAGGGUUGUCCAUAAAGCUGAAAUUGAGGUUACAGAGGAAGGUACCACAGCAUCUGGGGCUACAGCUGCAGAGUUUGCAAACCGAAUUGGAGUUAUAAGAUUUGAAGCCAACCGGCCUUUUAGUUACCUUAUUGUGGAGAAAGUCACAAACACUAUUGUUUUUGGAGGUGUCUACCAACAGCCGAUUUUGUACUGAUCUGUAUAGCUAUAAUUGAAAACUAUAAUUAUAGUCUAUGACUUUUGUGUCCUCAAAUCCAUAGAUCUGAUUCUCAAUAAUUUUGUAAAAUAACAGCUGCAGAGAUAAGUGACCCCCCCGCAUAGAAAUUUGUUUGCAGCUGUGGUCACUUAUCUCUACAUGAAAUGGAUUCACUACAAUUAGGUAGAAUCCCUGAGGAUAGAGGCAAUUUAAAUUAUUCAUUUCACAACAUUGUUUGCCAACCAUUACCAAUUUAGCUUAAAAAUUACUUUUCUAUGUUGUUAUUUUAUUUUUACUUGCACUUCAAUGAUCUAAACAUCCUAAUAGCUUGGGCAUCUCUCUGUCCUUUGGUUUAUUUCUUACCUUAAUGCAAAUGAAUAGGAAUCAUUUUCCAUUCUAGAUCUUUCUUUGAAUUUUCUGUAUACAUAUGUCAAAUACAAGAGUAGCCAUGACAUCUAAUAGCCCAAGCCUUAAAUCACAUAUAUUAUAUUAACAUAUAUGUUCUUAAAAUAUAUUAAUGUAGAGAGAUAAAAUUAAAGAUAACUUGGCAAGGUCAUGUUCAAUGUAAUCAAGGCAUUUAAAAUGCUCAUGAACCGAGAACUGGUUGCAAAACUGUCAUUUUAAAUAAUAAUUUGCACUUAAAAAACAGGUAAAUUGUACAAAUAAAAUACCUAUUCAUGUGUAGGCAGUUAGUCAUGGUUCUGUGUUCUAUUAUACUGUUGGUGUUUAUGGGUUAUUCUGCACCAGGUAUGGUGAAAAUGUUAUGCCAUUGAUGUUAAUAAAAUUAUGUACAUAAAAUCAGAGCAGCUAAGAACUUUUCGAACAAUACUGGGGACCGAUUUUUGAAUUUCGACCACUCGAUUUUGUGUAUUUCGUUAAUAUAUCCAAUACUAGGCACUUCAAUUCUACUGAUAGAAUUGAAAUCGAGUAGUUAAUACCACUAGAUUCCAUAUUUCUAUCGCUCGUGUUUCAAAAAUUUGCAUUUCGCCGUUUUCCAUCUACUUUCGAGUGGCGAAAUCGAGCGAUCGAAAUUCAAAAAUCGGCCCCCUGUCUCAAUAAGUGCAAAAUAGCAAAUAAUUAUGUUAGAAAAAUGUGCCAGGCUAAAUUUUUUUUAAUCUUUGUAUGUACAUUCGUUACUCCACACUAUGUCAUUACAAAUUCUGUGCACAGUUAGCUUGGUCUGACUAUAUUAAGUUAAAUGACUGUAUGAAACUAGGCUGGUCAGUUAACGUGGUAAUAAGGAAUAAAUAACAACACAAUUUUCCCUGAUUUAGUCAUUGUUGUGGUUUUAGUUGCUUCUGAAACGUAUUGCAAUGCAUUUGUGGAAUAUUGAGCGUUCAUCAACUAUUGACAAACUCAGUAAGUAAGCGCGACAUUCAUAUGUCUAAAAUUGUAUUGUUUGUGUUAGAAUAUGCUACCUACCCUAAGUUUUAUUACAGACAAGGCAUGUGUUUAUCAGAGGGCCUACCCCACCGCGAAACCCGAAAAUCGAAAUAGCGUUAUCUGCCUUUUCGUCACUCUUGCAUAUUUGGACGAAAGAGAGGCAGAUAACGAAAUUUUUGAUUUUCAUGUUUCCCGGUAAGCCCUCAGCAGUGGCGGGCAUUGAGCGGUGCUACCUCAGCAGACGUUGACUCCACUGGGCCGCCGAUAUCGGCCCUGGGCCCUUAAAUACAACUCAACCUAAUUAAAAAUCACCCUGGGAUCGCCACUGCUGGUGCUGACCAGUUGCUCUUAAAAAUACUGGGUAGGGUACCAUUGUCCAUUACUCACUUUGUAAUUUAAUGGUUUCUGUGUUAAGAAACCAAAGUUUACUAAUGGUUCUAUGUAGACGACACCUCAUGCGUUUAUUUAAUUUAACCAAAUUUAAUUUCUUGUGAGUAGCAUCGCUCAAAACCGGUCCUAACGUAUUUGUUGGGAAUAUGUAUCAAUAUUGUGAUAAUUAAAUUUAUAUGACCAAUGCUUAAUAGAAAAUAUAAAUAAACAGAAACAUAAACACACAUAAACUUUUCGGUACAGAAAAGUGAAUUAAACACUAUGUCACAAAUUAAUUAUAUUAUGAUGUGAAUGUAUGUAAUUAAAUAUUUGAUGUGUGUAAGGAUAUGUAGGUAGGUAUAAGAACAUUGGCGUAAAGUGUUUUAUACAAAUUGUAGUAGGGUCAGUAAGGUCAUUUAGCAUGCACUUUAGUCUCAGGCAUGCAUGACCUGACAUGAGACUAAAGUGCAUGCACUUCCAUACAUUUGUGUUCCUUACGGACCCUACUAUUGUAACUAUUAGACGUAACUUUUCUGAUAAAGUAAGAAUUGUAAAAAGAAGACGAAGAUCUGUUCUAAAAUCGAAUUAAAUAUUAUAUUCACAGAA